AGCAACAGCAAGCUUUGGACUCAUCCGAACAGCUCCUCAACAUUGUAAAAAGCUGAUAUUAUUAUAGGAAGGCGUUACAUCCCAAAUCUCCAGAACGAGCUAUGGAGUUUUUUAAUCUUCCAUUCCUCACCAAUAACAUGACCUCCAAUCCCAUGUUUUUCAUUUUUAUUUUUAUCUGUUCAAUCUUCUGGAUUUCAAGAAAAUUUUUAGCAGGCACAGGCAAGAAGAAAGCAGCACCAAAAGCUGGUGGAGCAUGGCCUGUGAUUGGCCACCUCCAUCUGUUAGGAGGGGCGGAACCUCCCCAUAAAGUACUGGGCAGCAUGGCUGAAAAAUAUGGACCCAUCUUCACAAUCAAGAUGGGCGUGCACCGAGCUUUGGUAGUAAGCAAUUGGGAGACCGCCAAGGAGUGUUUCACCACCCAUGAUAAAGCCUUUUCUGGUCGUCCGAGAACACUUGCCUCUGAGCUUUUGACCUACGAUGGUGCUAUGCUGGGGUUUAGCCCAUAUGGGCCUUAUUGGCGUCAAGUCCGCAAAAUAACCACGGUUGAGCUUCUAUCAAACUACCGGCUAGAGAAGCUGAAAGAUGUACGAGAGAGCGAGGUAAGGGCAUUUCUGAAAGAGUUGUACAAGUUAUGGGACGAGAAUAGAGGUAGUGCAUCAAAAUCAAAAAGUAAUCUGGUAUUGGUGGAAAUGAAAAAAUGGUUUGGAGAUCUAACAUUAAACAUCGUUCUUAGAACAAUUGUUGGAAAAACUGUGGGAUAUAUCACAAACGUUGAGGAUGAGGAGAGUGUGGAAGGAUGGAAAAAGGGAUUGAAGGAUUUUUUUCAUUGGACAAGGGUGUUUUCGGUGUCUGAUGCGCUACCAUUUUUAAGGUUUUUGGAUCUUGGGGGGCAUGGGGAGGCUAUGAAGAAGACUGCAAAAGAACUGGACCUUGUUGUUGAAGAUUGGCUCAAAGAACACAAGCGAAAAAGAGCUGCUGGAAUUGUUAAGGGUAAGGAGGACUUCAUGGAUGUGAUGCUAGAUGUUUUCGAUAAUGAUGCAGAAGCAGUUCAAGGCGGAGAUUCUGAUACCACCAUCAAAGCUACAUCCCUGGCCCUUAUUCUGGCAGCCUCAGACACAACAGCAGUGACUUUGAUAUGGGCUCUCUCUUUACUAGUCAAUAAUCCUAAUGUACUAAAGAAGGCACAGCUUGAAUUAGACACCCACGUUGGUAAGGAAAGACAAGUGGAAGAAUCGGAUGUGCAAAAUUUGGUCUACCUUAAAGCUGUACUCAAGGAAACGCUCCGUUUAUACCCAGCUGCACCACUCUCGUUACCGCAUGAGGCCAUUGAGGAUUGCACCAUAGAUGGCUACCAUGUUCCGAGAGGGACAAGACUUCUCGUUAAUGUUUCGAAGAUUCAUCGUGAUGAAAGGGUGUGGUCCAAUCCUAACGAGUUUGAUCCGGAAAGAUUUCUAACAACUCACAGAGGUUUUGAUGUUAGAGGGAAAAACUUCGAGUUUUCUCCGUUUGGAAGUGGCAGAAGAAUGUGCCCUGGAGUAUCUUUUGCCCUUCAUGUCAUGGAUCUAGCACUGGCUACAUUGCUACAUGGGUUUGAUUUUGCAACCCCGUCAGGUGAACCAGUUGAUAUGCACGAGAGCAGUGGAUUAACCAACCUCCGAGCAACGCCCCUUGAAGUUCUUCUCAGUCCACGCCUUUCUUCUCGUCUAUAUGGACAUUAAAACAUACCUUUAAAUUGUCCAUAUGUGAAUAUUGAUGUUAUUCCAAGUAAUUCUUGUAUGUACUUGUUCAUGAAUAUUCACAUUAAUAAGAUAAAAUCUAUCAUUAAUCA